AUGAAACUUGAAUGGCGAGAAAAGCGGGUUAAAAUGUCAUUUUGCUACAACUUUUACUGGAACGAUUCUCCGUCAUUUCAAUCACACCAAAGAUCAACCACGGAUCGCAAGGAAAGUCAGAAGCUCAUCAAUUUCAUAUUACGCGGCUCUCCCUCAGCUGAUCUACCAUUCCAAUCAGGAUGGUCUCUCAUGGACUUUUAUGACGCUGCUUUUGUCCCCCCAAAGGACGAUAAAGUAGCGGAAACUAUUCAAAUCGGCGCCAUGGAGUCAACAUUAUUCCCGUAUCAAAAAAGGUCGUUACAAUGGUUGUUACAGCGCGAAGGCGUUCAGUGGUCCGAAGCAAGCGGCGGCAUUGUCCCAUACACAGCUAGCGAUCGAGAGAAAGUAUACGACUUCGAGAAAUUUGCAGAUCUGAAUGGGCAAGAAUACUACUUGAGUGAAACACUCCACACCGUCACAAGAGACCUGGCGCUAUUUCGGGAAGCGGAAGCCUCAAUCAAAGGCGGCAUUCUGGCCGAAGAGAUGGGAUUAGGCAAAACCCUGGAGGUUCUCGGCUUAAUCAUGCUUCAUACAAGACCAAGGCCCCUGGUACAGAGCACCGAUGAGGCCCAAGCCAAACUUACGCCAACCGGAGCUACGUUGAUUGUGACACCCCCAUCACUAAGAGAUCAGUGGGCAUCUGAGAUUAGUCGCCAUGCUCCCGGUUUGAGCGUCAACGUUUAUGAAGGCCGGAAGAGUAUCGCAGACGAAGACGAAGAGUAUGUUGUUAACGAGCUUGCUGGUCACGAUGUAGUCAUCACUACCUACUCAGUACUUUCUUCCGAGCUUCACUAUACAACUGCGCCCUCGGAACGCUCCCGUCGACAUGCCCGAGUGUACCAGCGACCGAUAUCUCCCCUUACCCAAAUUUCAUGGUGGCGUAUUUGCCUAGAUGAAGCACAAAUGAUUGAAAAUGGCUACAGCCAGGCGGCCAAAGUGGCUCGUGUUAUCCCUAGGGUCAACGCUUGGGGUAUCACCGGUACUCCUGUGAAGAACAGUGUUCAAGACCUCCAAGGCUUACUGCUUUUCUUGCAAUAUGAGCCGUACUGCUCGAUGAACAGCGCCUGGAAUCAUCUACUACAUUGGAACAAGUCUGGUUUCCAGCGUCUAUUUAACAAAAUCACUCUCCGACACACCAAGUCAAUGGUCAGAGACGAGCUGGUAAUACCUCCCCAAAAACGCUAUGUUAUCAGUAUGCCUUUCACAGCUGUCGAAGAGCAACACUAUCAAUCUCUUUACCGGGAUAUGGCAGAAGCUUGCUUAUUAAGUCUCGAUGGAGCACCGCUUGUGGAAGACUGGGAUCCGGAUGACCAUACAGCUAGCAUGAGAACUUGGCUGGUGCGGUUAAGACAAACUGCAUUGCACCCUGAAAUUGGAAGCUAUAACCGCCGAACACUUGGUAACAACAAGAACCGGCCGAUAAGAACUAUUGAUGAGGUCUUGGAUGCAAUGCUCGAACAGAGCGAAACCGCUAUUCGAACGGACGAAAGGGCCUAUUUGUCAAGUCGACUCACACGUGGCCAGCUAUACGAAAAUAGCCCACGAGUACAAGAGGCUUUGGAAAUUUGGAAAUUGGUUCGCGAAAAGACUCGAAAGCUCGUUUCUGAUGCGCGAACAGAGCUUGAGACAUUAUUAAGAGACCGGAGACGUGAAGGUUCUGCAGUUGCCAACGCCGAUGACCUUGGUAUAGAGACUGAUGAUGAUGAUGAUGAUGGCGAAGUUGAGGGGAAGGGACAGUUGAACGAAAGCCGACGACGUCUCCGAUCUGCAUUGGAGAUGGAACACAAAGCUGUCUUUUUCUGUGCGAAUGCAUACUUUCAAAUUCGAGAGAACCCUGAAAUGGUUGAGCCGGAUUCCGAACGUUUUCAUCAGAUGAAGAAGUUCGAGGAUGAUGGAUACGACGAAGCGAAAGUUAUCCGCAGAGAGAUUCUACGCGAAUCCCACCGCAAAGCAACUCGAUCGAUGACCAAGUUAGCACAGAAGGCAGCCGAGCAAUCUUUUGUCGAGAUCCCAGACCUCACAGUCAGAGAGGAACGUGGCAUCGAGAGUAGCCGCAUCCUUGAUGAUCUGGAGACACUGUACGGCGAAUUAAACAACCAAGCCAAUCUGAUCGACGAGUGGAGGGAACAUAUUGUUGGGCUACUCCUGAAACCCCUGGUUGAUGAAGAAGGCGACGCUGAAACAACUGGCGAAGAAUACGGCGAGUCAGCUAAGAUUCAAGACGAGCUUAUGGUAUAUGUUCAAACUCUUGGAGCCGUCAUUGCUGAUCGACAGGAUGCUCUGACGGGACAGACGAAUGAGCUGAUCAAACACGAAACCAAGACAUCGCUGAAACUGGCAGAAAGCGGCAACGGACCAGCCCCGGAGAAAUUAAUAGAGCUUAUGACAUUACGAGACCAGACGAAACCGAAUUCAACAUCAAUGAGAAAGGUUAUCAGCGAAUUCCGGGCUUUGACUUCAAAACUCUCAAAAGAUACGACACGGGGUAUUCUAGAGGGUAGAAUUGUAGAUCGACAGCUCAGAGCGACACAGGAAACCAUGAAUGCACAAAGCAAGCUGGCUCUUGAAGCAGAGGUCGACAACUUCAAGACCAUUAUGAACCUACGCUUGGAGUAUUACCGCCAGUUGCAGGUUGUUUCCGACAGCGUUCUCCCUUACGAGGGCCCUCCUGUUACCGAUGCAAUUGAGAAGAGGAUGAAGGAGACUGAGGAUAAGUUUCACCAGAAGCUUUCUGCAGCAGAAGCCAAACACAGAUACCUUCUGCAUCUCAAGGAAGCAGGAAACAAGUCAAAUGAGCCACGGAUGUGUGUUAUCUGUCAGACCUCAUUCACGAUCGGCGUCCUUACCGUAUGUGGCCAUCAGUUCUGCAAAGAAUGCAUGAUGCUAUGGUUUAAAUCGCACCAUAAUUGCCCAGUGUGUAAAAAGAUGCUGAAGUCUUCUAAUUUACACGACAUCAUCAUCAACCCCCAGCAACUUAAAAUACACGGCGACAACCCCGACCAGGUAUAUGACGGCACCGAAAGCAGCCCGCAGCAAAAACAAAACGGACUUCAAAAAAAGACAGGGAUUUACUCAGAGUUCAACACGGAUAAGCUGGCCGAGAUCCAAAAUAUUGAGUUGGACGGACCUUCGUUUACUACAAAGGUCGACACUCUUGUCAAGCAUCUAAUGUGGCUAAGAGAAUCAGACCCCGGCGCAAAGUCGAUCGUUUUCUCGCAGUACCAAGGAUUUCUGAGAAUUUUGCGGAAUGCUUUCGCCCGAUUCGGGAUUGGGCACACGUCCAUCGACGACUCGGGCGGCAUCAAACGUUUCAAAGAAGAUGCUUCGGUCGAGUGCUUUCUCCUCCAUGCUAGAGCGCACUCUAGUGGCCUCAACCUCGUCAACGCAAGCCAUGUCUUUCUCUGUGAGCCCCUCCUUAAUACCGCGCUUGAGCUCCAAGCUAUCGCACGUGUAGACCGUAUUGGUCAGAUGCACGAGACAACUGUGUGGCUUUAUCUGGUAUCCGGCACAGUUGAGGAGUCAAUUUACAACCUCUCGGCACAAAGGCGAAUGGAACAUAUGGGUCGUGUCAAUAAGGGAAAAUCGAAGGAGUCUACUCCAGAGUUACUCGAUGCGAAUAUCGAGGCUGCCAACACACUCGAGCUCGAGCAAGCCUCUCUUGCACGCCUCAUGAGCAAGGACAAAACAGCUGGUGAGAAUGUAGAGGAGGAUGAUUUGUGGGAGUGCCUAUUUGGGCAUGUCGCUCGUAGGGGUGAUGGACCUGAGAGGGAUACAAGGGCACAGGAAAAGGCCGUCAUGGGGUAUCUGGCAGCAGAGGCAGCCGAUGGAAGGAAUAGUACUGCCAACUAG